AUGGCCACCACCGCCCAGCUGCUGGAAUCGAUCACAUCCCAGUGCCUCCCGCCGCCGUCACAGUCCCUCCUCACCAGCCUCACCACCCGCUCACCACAGCCGCCUCUGCCUUCGCUCGUGGCCACCGCCAAGGCGCGCCUGCUCGCCGCCGACCUCACGUCGAGCUCCUACCUGGACGGCGCGCAGCUCUGCCCCCUGCCCCCCGGCACAGACAGCGCCAAUGUCAAGGAGGCCAAGCUCCGCCACCACACGCACGUGCAGGUCGUCGACAUUGAGAACCUGAGCCUCAGUCGCUGGGAGCAGGUCGAGGAGAUGGAAGCCAUUGAGAGGGGCGAGAGGACGCGCGGAAGGGAAAUUAUUCGCGUCGCCGACGAGGAGAGUGCGGAUGCGGCCGAGUCGUUGGCAGCCCGAGGAACGGGGACGGGGCCGCGGCCGCCUGUUUCUGCCGCCAAAAAGGCCACGCAUCGUCUCGUCUUGCAGGAUUGCAAAGGGGCGAGGGUGUACGCCGUGGAGCUGACGAGGAUAGAUGGCAUAGGGGUGGGCAAGACCAACAUGGGAUGCAAGAUGCUGCUCAGGGCUGGGACGCCCGUUGCUCGCGGCACCGUGCUGUUGACUCCCGAGAAUUGCGUUUUGCUGGGCGGCAAGAUUGACGCCUGGCAUGACGCCUGGAUGAAUGGGCGAAUGGCGAGGCUAAAGGAAGCUGCCGGGGCUGGCAAUGCGCACACGACAACGACGACGACAACGACAACAUGA